UUAAUUAUCUUAAUUUUUUAUUUUAUCAGCAAAUUCCUCCAAAAAAUUUUUUUAAAGCUUCAGACACAUUUUCAGACACAAUUUAUUUUUUAUUUAAAACAAAUACCUUCCUUUCUCCCUAAAAUGAAUUUAAAUUUAUUUGCCUUGAUUUUAUAAAAAUUUAAAAGGCUCCAAUGUCUCUUCAUUAUUCCCUUCUUCUCGGCCUUAGUCUCCUCCUCUUCCCUCAAUUUACAGCAUCCAAUGAACUUUCCCGUUGUUGUUCUGGUGGUUCUAAACACUUUAAAGAACAUGGAAAUUGUGUUUCUGUUAGAGCUGUCGGUUCUUCCCAUUCCUGCAAUAGAGCAGGUUCAAUUUGUUGUCUCCGUUCAUUAAUCGACGCCUCCUGUCAAGCCGGUCUUCUAUACGCACAGAGGCAUAAAGUUUGUUCUGCUGUGAAUAUAAAUGAGCUAGCUGGUGGGGUUAAAAUGGAAUGUUGUGAUUGUUGUCUACUUGCAAAAGAAUUGUCUGAACGUAACGAAGCUUGUAUCGCCCCAAUCGGGUUUAGCCCUGAUUGUUUGGAGGCUUUUAAUAAAUGUUGUAAUCAAACAGCAGCUAAUAAACCUUCCUUUAUUGGUCAUUAUUUAAAAUUUAACGAAAUAAUUUUCUCGUAA